CCGCCACUUGUCGCGUUCAUUCCCGUCAUGGCUUCCGCGCUCCGGCCCCUCCGCUCCCUCAGCCGCGCCGCGCUGGAGCCCCGCGCCCGCCGCCUGCACCUCAGCGCCGCCCGGGGGGACGCCGUGGUGAUCUCGGGGAGGAAGCUGGCCCGGCAGAUCCGGCAGGAAGCGCGGCACGAGGUGCAGCAGUGGGUGGCUGCCGGCCACAGGAGGCCCCACCUGAGCGUGGUGCUGGUGGGGGAGAACCCGGCCAGCCACUCCUACGUCCUCAACAAAACCAAAGCAGCGGCUGAUGUGGGGAUCAGCAGCGAGACCAUCCUGAGGCCAGCCUCCAUCAGCGAGGAGGAGCUGCUGGAGCUGAUUGCCAAACUCAACAGUGACACGGCCGUGGACGGGCUCCUGGUGCAGCUUCCCCUGCCUGAGCACAUCGACGAGCGCCGCGUCUGCAACGCCGUGAGCCCGCACAAGGACGUGGACGGCUUCCACGUGCUCAACGUGGGCAGGAUGUGCCUGGACCAGGACUCCAUGCUGCCUGCCACGCCCUGGGGCGUCUGGGAGAUCAUCCAGAGGACAGGGAUCCCGACGCUGGGCAGGAACGUGGUGGUGGCGGGCAGGUCCAAGAACGUGGGCAUGCCCAUCGCCAUGCUGCUGCACACCGACGGCAGCCACGAGCGCCCCGGAGGUGACGCCACGGUGACGAUCUCGCACCGCUACACGCCCAAGGAGCAGCUGAAGCAGCACACCAUCCGUGCUGACAUCGUGGUGGCAGCUGCAGGCAUCCCCAACCUGAUCACGGCCGACAUGAUCAAGGAGGGCGCGGCGGUGAUCGACGUGGGCAUCACCCGCGUGCAGGACCCCGUCACGGCCCGGCCCAGGCUCGUGGGGGACGUGGACUUCGAAGGGGUGCGGAAGAAGGCGAGUUACAUCACGCCGGUGCCCGGCGGCGUGGGGCCCAUGACGGUGGCCAUGCUGAUGAAGAACACCAUCAUCGCUGCCAAGAAACUGCUGAAAGCCCAGCAGCUCGAGGCUCUGCCCGCCUGAACAGAGCCGGGCUUAGCGAGGGGCCCCCAGAGCCGGGCUUAGCGAGGGGCCCCCCAGAGCCAGGCUUAGCGAGGGGCCCCCAGAGCCGGGCUUAGCGAGGGGCCCCCCCAGAGCCAGGCUUAGCGAGGGCCCCCCCAGAGCCGGGCUUAGCGAGGAGCCCCCCAGAGCCAGGCUUAGUGAGGGGCCCCCCAGAGCCAGGCUUAGUGAGGGCCCCCCAGAGCCAGGCUUAGCGAGGGGGGUUUAACGAGGGGCCCCUCUCAGCACCGUCAUCGCUGCCAACAACUGCUGAAACCCUGCGAGCUUCAGGCUCUGCCUGCCUAAACAGGACCCUCUGAGCUGGGUUUAACAAGGAGCCCAUCAGAGCUGGGUUUAAUGAGGGCCCCUCGCAGCCAGGCCUAGCAAGGGGCCCCUCAGAGCCCGGCUUAAUGGGGGGCCCUUGGAGCUGGCCUUAACGAGGGGUCCUUCAGGCCUAAGCAGGCCCUCAGAGCCAGGCCUCAGCAGGCCCUCAGAGCCAGGCCUAAGCAGGCCCCUCAGAGCCAGGCCUAAGCACGCCAUUCCAGACCGAGUCCCGACAGGCCGGCAGGAAAUGCAAUAUUUGUUAUUUAUUGUCUUGCACGAGGGGCUUUUCCCCCUGAGGUCACAGGUAUUUAUUGGCUGAGCUGGGAUUACCCAAACUCCUGCUUUGUCUUUGAGCUGGGAUUAUCCACACUCAGCUUGUGUUUGAGCUGGGAUUACCCAGCUUUAGCUUUCUGUUUGAGCUGGGAUUAUCCCCACUCCUGCUUUGUCUUUGAGCUGGGAUUAUCCACACUCCUGCUUUGUUUAUGAACUAGGAUUAUCCAAACUCAGCUUUGUGUUUGAGCUGGGAUUAUCCACAUCCCUGCUUUGUGUUUGAGCUGGGAUUACCCAGUUUUAGCUUUGUGUUUGAGCUGGGAUUAUCCACACUCCUGCUUUGUGUUUGAGCUGGGAUUAUCCAAACUCCGGGUUUGUAUCCACACUCAGUUUGUGUUUGAGCUGGGAUUACCCAGACUCAGUUUUGUGUUUGAACUGGGAUUAUCCAGACUCAGUUUUGUGUUUGAGCUGGGACUAUCCACACUCCUGCUUUGUGUUUGAGCUGGGAUUACCCAGACUCAGCUUUGUGUUUGAGCUGGGAUUACCCAGACUCAGCUUUGUGUUUGAGCUGGGAUUACCUGCCCUGCUCCCUCAGGAGCUGCUGGGAUCCUGGCUGGAUCUGUAGUUUAAACUCUUCUUUAGAGGAAUUACUUGAACAAAAAUAUUACAACUAAAGCCAUACUUUAGUCCUGGGCUGGUGUAGCCUGUUCUAGAGAGCAGCUAGGCUGGGCUUUUCUUUUUGGAUUGAUGGUGAAUUUUUAAACCUGUUCUAGGGUGCAGCUAGGCUGGGCUUUUCUUUUUGGAUUCAUGGUGAAUUUUUUUAAAACCUGUUCUAGGGUGCAGCUAGGCUGGGCUUUUCUUUUUGGAUUGAUGGUGAAUUUUUAAACCUGUUCUAGGGUGCAGCUAGGCUGGGCUUUUCUUUUUGGAUUGAUGGUGAAUUUUUAAACCUGUUCUAGAGAGCAGCUAGGCUGGGCUUUUCUUUUUGGAUUCAUGGUGAAUUUUUAAACCUGUUCUAGGGUGCAGCUAGGCUGGGCUUUUCUUGCUUUUGGGCUGGUGGUGAGUUGUUUCUGUGCCCAAAGAGCAGCACAGGCUGGCAAAAUAAAGUGUGAGAAGACCAAAAAA